AUGUAUGAUGAAUGGAUAUAUCAGACAGACAGCUUUCAGACUCCGCCACAGCCUCAACAAUCUCCAGUGGCGUUAGCUCCCUCAUCACCACAUCUUGACCGUCCCAAAACCAGAAAACGAGGUAAAUCGCUACUCCAGUCAGUAGCGAUUGAUGGAAACACAUACAAAAGCCAUUCCCAUAAACGUGAUUAUUCACCUCCUGAACCAGAUUUUCCUUUGAGACGGAGGAACUCUACUUCAUAUCUUAUAAACUUAGUUGUGCCACAGUCUAAACUCACUCCGUCUACACUUUCAUAUCCUUUCACAAAACAAGAACGAGAAAAGCUAGAAACUGAGCUUUCUCUCUCCCAUAAAUUAUCAAAUGAUUUGAUUCCCUUGUCAACAAUUUCUCCAGUAAAUCCAACGUCUACACUCGACGAAAUUGAUGUAGCCAAUAACUUUCAGUACUUUACAUUUCGAGAAACUACGAAAAUACACCUACACUCAUGUGCCCAAAUGCUUUCGCAAUCAGCAAUUGUCCUGAAAUUUGUUUCAAAGCUUGAUGCUGGGUUUUCCAGUGUUGAAAAAGAAACUAAUAGCAUCCAAGAAACUUGCAACGCUCUCCUGGCCGAACAGCAUAAACUUUCAACUUUAUCAGAAGAAAUUGAUAAAAACUUAAAGAUUUUUAAUAACCUCGAAAUGAUUACCCGGAAACUCAACACUCCUGGUGCAGAUUUUGUUACUAGACCUUCUUUUUCUCAACUCUUGGACAAUCUUGAUGAAGGCCUUCUUUAUGUGGAAAAACAUAAAAAUUUCAAAGACAUUGAGCGCUACCAGCAGCGAUUUCGACAUUGUAUGACUCGAGCCCUUAGUUUGAUUCAAGUUUACUUUCAAAAUACGUUAAAAUAUCUUUCAAAUGAGAUUUUAGAAAAAACUUCAAAGAUUACAAACGUGGGAAAUGCUCAUCAGGUUCUUUUAUACUCUAAGUUCGAGUCUGAGUCUCCAAGUUUGUUAAAACUAACUACAGAAAUUUCUAAGCGAAUGGUAAAUCACUCAGAAUAUGAAGGUCUUUUAAACGACUGUAUCAAAGCAUAUUUUGCUACAAGACAUAGACUAUUGUUACCAAGAAUCAAUCAUUUUUUGGAUGAGGCAGCCAAAGAGCCCGGUGACAUUGUUCAAUUCACUCGUUCCUUGCUUGUUUUUUACAGGGAAUUGUGCGCACAGGAGUUUGGACUUUUCAAAAAAAUCUUUUAUCACAGUGAACUCGCUUUUGUGGAGUGGUACACAGAUAUUUGCAGUAGUCUUUACGACGUCGUACGCCAACGAAUUAUUAGAGAAGUCGAUAUUGGGUUGCUCUGUGAGCUGGCAUCUCUUUUUCUCAGUUACAAAGAAGAGGAAGAAGAUCAACAACGAGAAAACGAGUAUGAAGAAAACCAAAAGUGGUCACGACGUGAUAGCAAUCUUCUCUCUCCAGUAUCUAGUAAACACGACCCAUUAGCUACUGAGCCAGAAAAGCCUUUCACGAUCAGCUACUUUGAGCUUUUCAAGCCUAUAUUACAAGAUGUUCAAGCUAGACUUUUAUUUCGUGCGCAAGCAUAUGUUGAACAAGAAAUCGUUCGACAUGUUCCUACUGAAGAAGAUCUCCAUGGUCUUAGUGGUCGCAGAAAGAAGUCUAAGCAAAACUCGUCUUCUGCAAAACCCAGUGAGUUUGACGUUGAUAACAUUUUUUCGGCGUGGUACCCACCCAUGCGUAAAGCCAUUGCACUUCUCUCUCAAAUUAACCAACUCGUCAACUCAACUACAUUCGACGACUUGGCCCAUCGCAUUGUUCAUGAAUGCUUAGUUUCACUGCAAGCAGCACAUGCGCUUGCUGUUACUCGUCUUGGAAAGCUUGAAGCUGAUCUGUUUCUAAUUAAGCAUUUACUGAUUUUGGGAAACCAAAUUACUGAAUUUGACAUUGAGUAUGUUCCUUCAGAUGUGCAUUUUGACUUUAGCGGUAUUUCAGAAGUCAUUUCAUUGUUACGAACUGGUGGUGUGAGCUUAAAUCGUGCUAAUCUUUUGAACUUGGCAAAAAUUUCUGUCCCUAAGGUUGUCAACAAUAUGUUUGAUGCCAAGGAGGAGCUCUAUGCAAAGCUUCGCAAUACUAUUCACAAUUUUACUGAAGAAGCUGUCAAAAUUAUUAUUGAGCCCAUCACAAGACCUGAGUGUACUCCAGAAACAGCACUUGCUGAUACACGCCAGCUUAGAGAAAAUGCGGCUACAGAAAUACCAAAGCUACGCAAGCUCAUGCUGGAUAACUAUCUGGAUGACAUAAGAACUGUUGACAUUUUGAUUGACUCUAUUCAGGAUCUGGUGAUCCAGUCUUAUGAAGAGUAUCAUGAAAAGAUCAUUGCCGAAGCUGCUAAGAUUAGCAAGGAAAUGGGCAAAGACGAAACCGAUGUUAUCGAUGGUUUAAUGGAAGUAGAAGGUCUCAUGGCUUGGUUUGGUGACAUUAUUGGUACACUCCAUAGAGAGAAACUGUCAGGUGCCGAAGAUUCUGUCCAAAACCGUUCUCCAAGUCCUACAGUUUCUGAAAAUUAA